UUUAGUGAUCAAAUUAACCCCAAACAUGAUCCCCGACGGUUCCUUUUGAAUUUAAACAAAGUUGUGAAAUUAUGUAUAGUAGACAUGAGAUAACUUUUCGUAAGUUAUGGUUCCCACGCAUGCUUUUUAUCAUUGCGCACCUCUAUUAUCUAUUUAUAGGUUUAGUAUAAAAAGUUGCGCAGAGUUCAGUCCACAAGAAAUCAGACAACAAGCUGAACACAAAAAUGACGUGGGAACGUCCAGUCAGUAUUCCUUUUCCUCAAAAUUGGUGCAGUUUCAGUGCAAAAGAUCCUGAAUCGGGAGGAAUUGCUAAGUACAAAGUUACCGAUCUCAGUGAGGAUAAAUUUGAAGAAGCUGUGGAUCUCAUGGUUAAAUACUUUUUACCUGAUGAAGUGAUGUGCCAAUCAUUGGAUCUCUUAAAUGAUGAAGACUCCUUAAAGGAAAUGAAAGACAUGUGGUGGGAAAUUUUACCUCAAAAGGUCUCACUUGUUUGCUACAAAGAGGGUUCCAAUGAAAUUUGUGGACUUAAUAUGUUAGAAAUGUCCGAAAAGAGCGAUUCACCUCCACUAUAUUUACAACAGCUCAAAGGAAAAAGCCUAAAGGGUAUAGCUACUGUAGCUGAAUUUUUAAAAGAAAAAGCCAAUAUUUACGAACGUUACAACGUUGAUAGGCAGCUCUAUGGAUUAGGUCUUCUAACUCUGCCUAAAUAUCGAGGAUGUGGGAUUGCGACUGAGCUUUUGAAGGCGAGAUUCCCUUUGAUGAAAGCUCUGGGCGUAAAACUUACGGGCACAGUAUUUUCAGGACCUGGUUCUCAGGGAGCUGCAAGGAAAGCAGGAUUUACGGAUGAUUUUGUAGCCACUUAUGAGGAAUUAGGAAAAAAUGAACCCUUUGUGGAGUUUUUAAAUACCUCGUGGCCUGUAGUGAAAUUUAUGUGCUAUUAUUUAAAAUAAUGUGAAAUUUUUAAUCUUUUUUAUAAUUAAAAAAAUGUCUAGUGUU